AUGCUCGGCUUCUACAUUUUACUCACUGCAGUGACAUUAAACGUGGUGAGAUCUGAACCUGGUUCAUGUCCACCCACCCUAUCUGUGGACGUUUGCGAAGCUGUUUGCGGUUCCAAUGAAGCGUGCAAUGGAAACAAAUUGUGCUGUCCUACAGUGUGUGGUGGUGCCAUGUGCGUCGAUCCUAUGACAAAGAGACAUUUUACAACUUUAGUAAAAAAAGGCCGAUGUCCCGAAUACCCACGCGGGCCUUGGGUUUGCAGUCACACUUGUACCAGUGACUCGGACUGCCCACGGACGCUCAAGUGUUGCCCCAACCGGUGCGGAGCUCUCACCUGCCAGAAGCCUGAUCCUGAUGAACCAAUACCAAAUGUUGAAGCUCGAUAG